UUUCCACAGAGCAGAUGGCUCUACACAUAAAUCCUAUUAACAACUUUCUGCUGAUGGAGAAGCACCCCGUUCUCACUCUGUCAUAGCCGCAGCGUCUUCUUUAUCAUUUUCUCACUUCUCAUAACAAGCUGAAGUCAGAGGCCACAGCCAUGUCUGCAGAGAAGAAGCCAAAGAAGAAGAAAGAAGAGCUGAAUGGAAGUGAAGCCAAAACCAAGAAAACAAAAAUCAAGAAGAUUGAAGAAGAAUCGGACGAGGACAGUCCUUCAACACAGAACGGGAAGAAAGUAAAGAAAAAGAAAACAGAGAAGACAAAAGACGAACCAGAAAAGGAGAAAGAGACAAAAAAGAAAACUAAAAGUGCUCCAAAAAAGAAGAAAGAUUCUGACUCAGAUGAUGAUGAUGAUGAUGAGGAUGAAGAGGAAACACCUAAAAAAAAGACCAAGAAAAAGACAGGAAAGGAGAGUUCACCAUCUGCCAGUUCUGCCAAAGAGAAGAAAGCCAAAUCAAAAGAGGACAAAGAUUCUGAUGGAAAGGACAAGAAGACAAAGUCCAAAGAUAAGGAGAAGAAGAAGGAGGCAGCAUCAAUGUUCAUGAUAAAUGGAGACAAAGAGUCGAAAAGCAAAAAAAAAGCCUCAAAAUACAACAGUGACGACAGCGAAGAAGAGACCAAGUCGACUAACUCGAAGAAGAAAUCAGCCGCCGGCAAGUCGUCCUUGUUCCAGACGACUGGAGACAAAGACAAAGAGAAGAAGACCAAGAAGAAAGCAAAGACAAAGGACAGUGAUGAAUCAGAGUCAGAGGAUAAAUCCGACAAGUCCAAGAAGAAAAAAGGCAAAGGCAAGAAGAAAAAGGAAAGAGCUCCGUCUCCUGAGAUCGAGUUUGACAACUUGGAGAAGUUUGUGCUGGAGCCGGCACCACAGGGCGUGACGGUCAAAUGCAGAGUGACCCGGGACCAGCGUGGGAUGGACAAGAGCCUCUAUCCACUUUAUUACCUUCAUCUGGACAAUGAGAAAAAGACGUUCUUGUUGGCUGGAAGGAAACGAAAGAAAAGCGCAACCUCCAACUAUCUGAUCUCCAUCGACGCCACUGAUCUAUCAAGAGGCGGAGAUAAUUUUGUUGGAAAGUUAAGGUCCAAUUUAAUGGGAACAAAGUUCACUGUGUUUGACAAUGCAAUGAACCCAGAGAGAGCUCUUCCUGAUUUGUCAAACGCCAGGCAGGAGCUGGCAGGAAUCAUCUACGAAACAAAUGUGUUGGGGAUGAAAGGACCCCGAAGGAUGACCGUCAUCAUCCCAGGCAUGGACAAGAACAACGAGCGAGUUCCACUACGCCCUCGAAAUGACUGCGACGGCCUGUUGAUCCGACACCAGAAUAGAAGGAUGGAAAAUCUGAUAGAACUUCACAAUAAGACUCCAGUGUGGAACGAGGAAACAGCGUCUCAUGUGCUCAACUUCAACGGCAGAGUCACCCAGGCCUCCAUCAAGAACUUCCAGAUCGUGCACAACAAAGACCUUGACUACAUAGUGAUGCAGUUUGGGCGAAUAGCCGACGACAUCUUCACGCUGGACUACAACUACCCCAUGUGUGCCGUACAAGCGUUUGCCAUUGCGCUGUCAAGCUUCGAUGGUAAAAUUGCUUGUGAAUGAGGGAAAGAUUCUCAGCUGUCACUGCAGAAUUCAGAUUGUUCUUGUGAAUGAAUAAGAUUGCGAGUGUUACCUGCUGCUGCCAUCCUCCGCCAGAAACCACAGCCAUGUUAUCUGAUUUGUCAUGUUUCAUCAGGUGUUGCUCUUGUUAAUGUCAUUUUGUCUGCAGUAGCUAGCAUGUUGAGUUAUGCUGCUACAUUUUUCAUUUGAUGCUUUCCAGGUUCCUUUAGAUUAUCCUCCAUUGCAACAACAAAUUUGUAGAUCCUUUGCUUUGGGCAGCAUAUUUCUAUAUAUGCAAUUUGAACUGAUAACUUCACCCCUUGUAUCUUAAAAGGUUUCAUGUUGUUAAUCAUUCUGAAGUAAUUACAAAACUCUUUCAUAUUUCAAGUAUACAAGCACGUAGGCUGUUAAACCAUGACACACAAAUGAAUUAGAUAUACUGUCUUCAUGGUCUGCCGGUGUGCGUGAAGGUAUUACCGAGGUCAGGAUUGUUUUGGAGGAUAUAAUUCAAAAAUAAUUUUAAAUGAAUGGGAAAGUGGUCAUGAGAUUCCAGCAGGUAACUAUUGGUUCUGAAGCAAUAAAGAAUAUUAACAGAAGCUGAUCCCAACAAGGUCAUGUGUUCCAGGUAUCAGAUGUUACGUAGAAAACAUAUUUGUAGUUUUGUUUCUUCAGCUGUUGGUGUGUGAUUUUGAAUGUCAUUGUUGUGACUUUGUGCUGGUAUUUAUGAAUGUUUUCUGUCUUUGUCUUAAAUGUUUUAAUUGAUUUAUUCACAUUUCUUAAAAGCUGCCUUUAAGUCAUAGGAUUGAUUAUGUUAUUUAUUAAAGUAUGCAAAUGA